GUGUUCUGAUGACUAGAGGAAGGUUCUUUGACUUUUCUUGCCUCCUCCUUCCUUUCCCUUUGCAUAAGCUUUGGCUCUUUGCCGGUCUUCAACAGGGAGGAACACGAGGAGGAGGCAGAGUUAAGCUUCUGAUCUGUUCUCAUUCUAUAGAACGUUUUGUGCAUCCGUCACUGGGCAUCAGAAGCUGAAAACCUCUGUGCAAAGAUCAACAUCUUAGUCUGCACCGAUGGCUUCUUCCGCCAACACCAGUGGUGAUGAUGAACUUGAAUCUUGCACGGCUCAAACUGCUCCUCAGCUCGGGGAAUACCGUCUCGGAAUCCCACCACUCCAAGAAACACUGUUGGAUCCAAGGAAGAGCAGCAGUGCAUCCAUGGAUCACUGGUUGAAGCAGCUCAAGUUGUCUUCCCCACUCGGAAUUCUCCGUCGAACACUGGACCAAAGAGAGGAGAUCUCGCUCUCAGUCCCUUCUCCGGCUGGAAUCCGGCGGCGCUUCCACGUCCGGUUCUUCCACAAGAUCGACUGGCGUUCUCUCUUCGCCACUUGCAGAGAUUGGAUCAGGAACCCCAUGAACAUCGCGCUUCUUAUCUGGCUAAUCUGCGUUGGGAUCUCUGCAACCAUGCUCGGCCUCCUCCUCCUCGGACUGCUCAACGACGCCUUCCCCACCAAGUCCCUGAGGAACCACUGGAUCGAGAUCAAUAACCAGGUCCUCAACGCGCUCUUCACCCUCAUGAGCGUGUACCAACACCCCACUCUGUUUCACCAGCUUGUCAUGCUGUGUCGAUGGAGCUCGGAGGACGUCACCGAGCUCAGGAAGGUGUAUUGCAAGGACGGAGGUUACCGUCCUCACGAAUGGGCUCACAUGGUGGUCGUCCUCCUCCUCCUCCACACCACCUGCUUCGCGCAGUACAUCCUCUGUGGCCUCUACUGGGGCUACGCCAGGAGGCAGAGGCCGGAGUGGCUCGAGGAUUUCUUCUUCGGUCUCGGGCUCGCGGCGCCGGUCUUCGCCGCUCUGUACACGGUCUACAGUCCUCUCGGAAGCGAAUCCAACUCCAACUCCAUGUCCGACGAAGAAUCACAGUGCGGGAAGCAUGGCCUGAAGAUGCACGACCAGGGAAGUGUGGUGAGCAAGCCAAAGUGGGUCGGAGGACUGCUCGACGUCUGGGACGACAUGGCCGCCUGCUACCUCUCCUUCUUCUGUACCUGCUGCGUCUUCGGGUGGAACAUGGAGAGGCUCGGCUUCGGCAACAUGUACGUGCACACCGUCACCUUCCUGCUGCUGUGUGCUGCUCCGUUCUGGAUCUUCAACAUCGCGGCGCUCAACAUCCACGACUACGUGAUCGGAGACGUCGUGGGGAUCGCCGGAGUGGUGCUCUGUGCGUUCGGGCUGCUCUACGGGGGGUACUGGAGGAUUCAGAUGAGGAGAAGGUUUAAGCUCCCCGGAGAUCGGUUCUGCUUGGGGUCGGCUUCGCUUACCGACUACGUGAAGUGGAUGUUGUGCUGGUCGUGCUCGCUGGCGCAGGAGGUGCGCACCGGGAACUUGUACGAGGUAGGAGACGACAGUCUUUUCAGCAAACACCAUUGUGAAGCUGAGACACAGAACUCAGAGGGGGGAUGUGAUGGUGCAGCAGUCCCCAUCGAGGAAAUGACUCCACCAAUUCCACCAUUGAUACAGUUGCAAGAUGUGGUUGGUGAAGGCGAUGACGGUGAUACCGUUCGUCCUCCACCUACUUUGUCAUCAUCAUCGGCUCAAGAAGAAGACGAGGAGGAGUCGAUGCUGCACACAGAGUUUGCGAGAGAUUUCAUUGUUGUGUGACUGUAUAAUUCUUUAUCCGCAGCAAAGCAUACGACAAAUUUGUCUUCCAUCGGUUAGCUAUGUAUGUAUCGACCGGAGGAAGUCUCGAGACCACGGAGGAGUGCUCGAAAAGAGAUUUGAGAGAGAAGGAUGAAGGAAAACUAUUAUUGGAUU